CAAGUGCUUUUAGUGAAUCCCGGGCAAAUAGGGAUGGAAGUUUCUAAACUGCUCUGUCUCUGUAACCUAUUGAAGGAUCCUCUGUUCUGAGUUUCUCCUCCUCUUUUCUCUCUAAAACUCCAGUUAACUUCGUACAGAGAGGCUCUUGGUUUUCUCUCGCUUCUUCUCUCUCUCUCUCCCUGAACUUCUACAGUUCCACCGCUUCCUCUUGUCUCUCUAUUGCCAUGAAUCUCAUCAAUAUUCUGAGGCUGCAGAAGCGGGCGUUAUUUUUCCUCUCAGAGAAGCCCCCUUUGUACAUGGUUUUUGCUUCUCAAUACUCAACAGCUCCUUCCACUGAAGAAUAUGCGAAAAGGAAUUAUGCAAAAAAUGCCUCAGAAUAUAACACUGUUUUGAGUUGCCUUAUUUCUCAGAAAAGGCACUUCUUGUUGAGAGAUGUGUAUGAAGACAUGCUGUUAGAUGGAGUUCAGCCAGUUAGAGAUGUUUUCCAUUCAUUGAUUGUUGGUACAAUGAAAGGGGCCAGACUCCAAGAUGCUUUUUUCUUUAGAGAUGAGAUGAAAUCAAUGGGAUUGCUCCCUGAUGUUGCUCUGUAUAACUUCCUGACCUCUACCUGUGGGAAAUGCAAAAAUUCUGACAGUGCAAUUAAUCUUUUGGAAGAAAUGAAAAGGACUGGGGUCAAACCAAAUGGGCAGACAUAUGUCUGUCUCCUGAAUGCUUGUGCAACAGAUGGUCGUAUUGAUCGAGUGUAUGCUAUUGUUCGUGAUAUGACCUCAGCAGGUCUUGGUUUAAACAAGUUUUGCUAUGCCGGAUUGAUAACUGCAUAUAAAAAUAAGGUGCCUGCAACGGAGGAAACAACAACAAAAGUCAUUGAGCUUGUCAAGCAGUCCAAGGGGUGGUCAUCUGUAGAUGCUUCAAGUGAAAUUGCGGAGAAUGUGAUGAUGGGUGUUUCUGAAGAAGAACUUUAUAAUUUACCCACUGCAGAAUUUGUUCAUAGGCGUGCAUUUUUGAACAGGCAAAUGACGGUGUAUCAUGUCGCACUACAUGCUUGUGCUGAUUUGAAGAGUAUGGAGACACUAGAAACAAUUCUGGAGAUGAUGAAGCAGGACGGAUAUUCUGCUGAUGUGUUUGUUGUGAUGCAGCAGAUGAGGUGUUAUUUGCACUGUGGGGACCUGGAUCGUGGUGUUAGGAUUUUUGAGGACUACUUCAAUUCUGGAAAACCACCUAUGAUAGAGUUAUACGUGACACUAAUAGAAGGUGCCAUGGUUGGAUAUACUCCCCGGGGAAUGCAAAUAGCUCAAGAAACAUUGGAGAAAAUGACAGCAAGAGGAUUUUUCUUGAAUCUGAGAAUGGGCAAUGAUCUCCUCCUAGCAGCUGCAGGAGAAAAGACUGGAGGUUAUACAACUGCCAAUUACAUAUGGGACCUGCUUCAGAGUCGCAAGAUCACCCCAUCUUUUCCUGCUGUUGAUGCCUACUACAAGGGCUUAAAGGACCGAGAAAUACCUGCCGAUGACCCUAGGCUCUUACUGGUGGCUCGAACACAUGACAACCAGCGCAUGAGAUUUGGAGCCAGGCCUUUGUAGAAACACCUCACUGAAACCCCUUACUUCUAAACCUUUUAGCCAUUUACUUCAACACUGAUUUAGAGGGUACAUUUUUCUCCCUUUUAUUCAGAUUUUCUUCCUACGGGUUUCAAAUGGGAGCUAGUUUUCCCCUCUUUUAUUUGGUAUUUUGCUAUGUUUAUUAACUAAGUAAAAUUCUGUACAGUUACUGCCAAGAAAAUAAGGCAUUGUAUGACCUUAGAAACUCUGAGAUUUUGGUUUGGUCUCGUCACAUCGGGCAAUUUCUAGUAGCUUUUGUUGGUCUUCAAUGCCUGUGAUAUUUUCUUUGUUAGUCUGUCGAGAUGGAUUUGGUUUUGAUGGUUA